UUGCCUGUAUGCUAGUGAUUUAUUUACUGUAUGUAAACCUCAAAGCGAGUAUAUUAUAACGUAGCGAUUACAUUCUCUUUGGUAUUGUUCCUCUGAGAUGUAAACAAAUGACACGUAAAGUUCAGUCACGCCUUACAUAAAAAUUUGCAGUUCUUAUGAAAAAUUUUCGUGUGACAUGUGAUCAUAUUGAAACCCCGUCCAGGAGCCCCGGGAACCAAGAUGUGGAAGCAUGCUUUGAGCGUUGCCUUGGGGGGCAUCUUGUGCAGCAGCCUCUUAGCCUUCGACCAUAUUCUGGGCAAUGGCUUCACGGACAUGAUGCAGACGAUGUUUUGUAAAUGUUUCUGUUUUGUGAAGAGGACUUUAAGAGAUCAACUGAAAUCGUCGGAGGCGGUAGAAUCUAGCAAUUUCAGUGCCACUAUGUUCUUGGUCGAAAUUAUUGCUUUACUCUGUACCAUGCUGUUACUGAACAGAUACAAGAAAUACGGCAUUGAACGAUCAAUUAAAGUCCAUAAAGAGCCGAAUGAGUUACCGGGAACGAAGAAAAGAAAACCGGUAAGUCGGUCAAUUGAUUACGGUCCUCGAGAGCUAAACAACCCACAACUGAUCAAGCCUUUAAACCUGGAGGUACCUCUAAUGCAAAUGGCUAUUAUAGACACCAUCGGAACCACCCGCAGUCAGCCGGAGCGGGGAGAUGCUGGCGACAUUUACAACAUCACUGACUCUGCUAUUCUGUCUGUCACAUCUUUACUGGAUACGGAUUUCAAGUUGCAAGAAGCAAUAUUUGAAGAUAAUAUGGUUUUGGGAGAUGGUAACACAAUUCAGUUGAACAACAAUAGAUAUCUCUGGGAUGUCAUCGAGGAAGAAUAGUUACUGUCUUUUGUGCAAUUCGUUAUAGGCUAAGAUUAUGAAGGAAAUUAAAUCAGCUAUGUUCCUAAUUAUAGUUGACAAUACGUGUGUGAAUUAGAAGAGCCAAUAUGAAUAAAUAAUGAAAGAUAAAUAAUUUAUGAAUUGGCAGAAGUCACCUGGUUGAUAUUUUAACGAAUAAUACAUUGCGUUUCUUUCUUGCCGCUUUUGGAUUCAUUAUUAAGAGGUUUAAUACUCGUUUGACAAAACAAAACACAGCAUUAUUUCGACCAGGAAACCCAGGGCACAAUAUAGUUAUAGUAAGUGAUUGCAGCGCGCAGGCGCGGCGAUACUAUCUGAGGACAAGAAGUAAUAAAGACGCCUCACAGCAAAAUCUAGCGAGCGAACAAGGAAAACAUGAAGUUGACUUGUAACAAUAAUAACUAUUGAAAAUUAGACACUUUUCAGGGUGCCUUGGCUCCAGUCGGCAACCUAAUUCAAACAAUUAAUAUAUUAAACUAUUUUACGAAAGUGUAAUCAUAUUAUAUGGCCUUUCACCCAUAAAAUAUUUAGGUUAUCCUGGGACUCACUAGUCUGCUUAUACACGAAGAAAAAAAAAUGCAAUUUGCAAAACUACUUUUUUUAUUUUCCCAAAAGAUAGCAACUUUAAUCAUCUACUUAUAUAAUACGCAUAACAUGAAUAGGUACGUUGCAAAUUGGGAGUUAUUUUCUGAUGAUAUAUUAACUACCUAAUUACUCAGUGUUAUAAAUUACGAAAACUAAAAAUAUAUAUUUAAAUUUGGCUCCAUUGGCCCUGUUCUCGGAGUCAACGUGCAGUAUUCUAUAAACCGGUUCUAGAACCGCUUCUGCUGUUCCCCGCCUGCAAAAGUUCAUGUGUGUAUACGCUAUAACAUAGUAAGUACAUAGUAGUAAAGCUUCUUCAGCCAUAAGACAAGAUAUUACAGCGUUUUUUGUAUCUGCGUUUUUCACGAGAAUGUAAUAAUGCAUAAAUCUAAAAAAAAAUCUGUCUGAACGUAUCGCGCAUUGUUUGGUCACUUAUAUUCCCCUAUUAACUGUUAUUUUAUUUAUUUUUUCAAGUCUCUGCAUAGUUACGAAGUCCUAUUUAUGGCAAUGCUGGUAUUUGACAUGCUGGAACAAACUGUGUUUCUGUUUGUACAAACUUUGAUUUAGGUAAACGAUAUUUCAUGUAACCGCUCUUCGCUUGAUACUUGAUUAGAAGUGUUGGACAGUAGCAGCUCCCCGAAGCUACCUCUUAGCGUCCUGACGAGCUAGUAUUAUGCUCUAUUUGAUGAACUACGUCACUUUGAUUUAGGUCACCUAGCGUGCUAAACUAGUUUUAAAAUGAAUUUCCUGCAAGCAACGAGCGAUUUGCUCAUUGGUGUAGCGCGAAGUAAAACAUACAGCGGUUGGUUUUGAAAAAAAAUCCUUUUUAGAUGAUUUGAAAUCUUGAACACAUUUGAUACUUACUUCUGAAAAUUAGAGGAAAUACAUACUAAUUAAAAGAAAAACCAUCAAGGUCGUUUGGGAAAGGCUAAACACAUAGAUUGUACCGUAUUCUGGUAAAACUCAGAAUGGCUUGUAUCGGAAUGAAAAAACGUAAGAGAAACUGUUUUAUAUUUUACUAUCAUCAUAAUCAAAACUCCCCACUAUUUAUUAUGAUGAAACAUUUGAUAAUUUUAAAACAUUUUAAUAAAACCCGAAGUGUUUGCUAUCCACUUAUCGCUAUGUGUUGCUAUCAGCAAACAUAAUAUCGCAAAUCAGUUCAUAUUGCUGUGGGAAAGUUGGUAUUUACUAUUCUUAACUACUUGCGUGGUUCAUGCAGUAAUGAUUCUCUGUAAUAUUUAAUAAACUUUAUUAAGCUCUUAAUGUAGGUAUGUAAAGAAACCUAUAAUAAUAA